GAUUGUUGGCAAUCGAGGGCGCUCUUUCUGUGCGUGUGUAUAAACAGGCAAUUUGUGGUAGUGAAAGGGAGAAAAAGGAGGGCAGACUCUGGGGGUGUGUGUGUGUGUGUGUGUGUAAGGAAGGCAUGCGGCUGCUCACUGCUUUCACAUGGCAUGAGGGACGCUGAACAGGCUGCAGCACAGGAGUAGGGUUUGUAAAAACGGGAUCAAGUGAUCGGGGGAUGCUGUGCUUUUGUCUGGACUUCAUUGUGACCUCCAUACCAUUUAGGACUAUCGCAUAGAUCCAUGAAGGACAGUAACUCGAGCCUGAUGUCUGGAAUGGACCCAAAUCAGAGUGUUAAGUGUAAGAUAGUAGUGAUUGGGGACAGUCAGUGCGGCAAAACAGCACUGCUCCAUGUCUUCGCCAAAGACUGCUUUCCAGAGAAUUAUGUGCCGACAGUAUUUGAGAACUAUACAGCCAGCUUUGAGAUCGAUUCACAAAGGAUCGAGCUCAGUUUGUGGGACACAUCAGGAUCUCCGUACUACGACAACGUGCGACCCUUGUCCUACCCCGACUCGGAUGCGGUCCUCGUCUGCUUCGACAUCAGCCGACCAGAAACCUUGGACAGCGUGUUAAAGAAGUGGAAAGGAGAGAUCCAAGAAUUUUGCCCCAAUACUAAAAUGCUGUUAGUAGGAUGCAAGUCAGACCUGCGCACAGAUCUCAGCACCUUGGUGGAACUUUCAAAUCACAGGCAAACUCCUGUAUCAUAUGAUCAGGGAUCAAACAUGGCCAAGCAAAUCUCGGCUCCUUACAUCGAGUGUUCCGCUCUGCAGUCGGAGAACAGCGUGAGGGACAUUUUCCACGUCGCAACCUUGGCCUGUGUCAACAAGAACAAUAAGAAUGUGAAACGCCAGAAGUCAUCCAGAGCCACAAAGAGGACCUCGCACAUGCCCAGUAGACCCUAUCUGGAGUCAGUAAACUCGGACAUGCGUAAAGAUAAGGCCAAGAGCUGCACAGUGAUGUGAAGAUCUGGAGAACAUCGACGGGUGUCAAAACAAAUCACAAGGAUAUCGGUACAACUACUCAUACUGUAUGAAGCAGCGAGGGAUGCAGGACGAUGUCUUUGCACUUUAUGUCCUUCUGCAUCUGUCUAUUCUGCCCCACCUGAAAUAAGCUAACCAAAAUCAAACGUACCACAGCACCAGAAAAGCACCAGGUGUUGGAAAGACAUCUAUGCUAAUACAAAAGAAUCCCGGUUCUUGAAGAUUGGGAAGGAAGUUCUGAAUAAUCUACACGGAGAAUUGCUGGAGGACUUGAUUUUUGAGACAUAUUUGAAAUACAGGUCAAGGAACUUUAUGGUGAAUGCUGAUUGUGUUUGUUGUUGUUGAUUUUCUUUGGUACUUUUUAAAAAAGGAAUGGAAAUGUUUGAAGGAAAGCCACAUUCACACUGCUAACGAGCUGCUGUGGAAUUUUCCCACAGAAGACAAAAUCAAGGCACUUAACAGAGUUAAUGAUGUGACUAACACUGUGGAUAAAACCUGGCUUCUUAUUCGGUUGUCUUUCCAUUUUUUUUCCCCAUCUUCUUGCCUUGAUGAUUUGUCCAGAUGAGAAUUGGAUGUGUGUCAGUCAAAGUCUCGAUACUUUGUAGAUCUGGAAACAACAGGAGUCUGCCUGAGCUUUCCAGCGGUUCUGUCUUCGUGGUGAUGCUAACCUCAGAACCUUAGUGCUUGUGUUUCUCUUCUUUCUUUUUAGAAAAAGCCAAAGAAGCGUCGAAGUCAAGCGUGUGUGUUCUAGUGUCAGGGUUUCCUGUUUAAACUGUUAUGCUUUAUGUGCAGUCUUAAGUGUUUGAUAUAUUAUUGGUGAUAGUUCUGGCUUGGCUUGAUGAGCAUAUCUCUAUGAGUGACUGGAUCUUGUGGAACCAACUUUAGUACUGUGUCCAACUCCAGUGCCUCGCUGUCUUUGUGUGUUGGUGUACCCAAGCUUUUCAUGGCCUGGGUUUUAAGUAUUGCCUGAGAGCCUUUUAAUACCUCUGCCUAAUCCAUCAGUGUUUGGAAUUUCCUGUAAGAGAAUCAUCUCAGCUAUGCAAUAUGCUGACUUUGGCCCAUUUUGGCAAUUUGAAAAAUGGCUAGCCUGAAGAAAUCCGUAUAUAUGUAUAUAUAUAUAUAUAUAUCCCCUUGAAGAAACCUACUCGACUAGUGUCAGGGGAACGGAAUAUUCAAGUACAUCCUUAGUCCACGUUGAAAGCGAUGCUCAUACAGCCUGAAGCACCAGUAGACCCAGUAUCAAACUGGAACACAACCUAGCUAAGGGAUUAUUUCCCAACGUAUCGGUCACUACCUUAAAUAAGGCCAUCCUUAAAAAUAUUUUGGUUUGCAGUAACAGUAAAAAAAAAAAAAAAAAAAAAAAGGGUCAGUAAGUAGGUAGGUCUAUAUAUAUAUUUUUUUUCAAGUUUCAAU